GCUUUCCUUAUAAAUAUGGAGAGAAUAAACCUAUUUCUCUACAGUCUCUUUGUGAAUCUUCUCUCUCAUUUCCUCGCUCUCUUGCUUUGUUCUACUUCUACAGGAUCACAAAAUGGGACAGUGCCUUGGUUGUGUCCAGGUGGACCAGUCGACUGUUGCAAUACGAGAAACUUUUGGGAAGUUUGAUGAUGUUCUUGAACCUGGUUGCCAUUGUUUGCCUUGGUGCUUGGGUAGUGCAAUAGCUGGUCAUCUAUCGCUACGACUGCAGCAAUUGGAUGUUCGCUGUGAAACAAAGACCAAGGAUAAUGUUUUUGUUACUGUGGUUGCUUCUAUUCAAUAUCGAGCUCUGGCUGAUAAAGCUUCAGAUGCCUUCUACAAGCUCAGUAAUACCAGGGGCCAGAUCCAGUCUUAUGUCUUUGAUGUUAUCAGGGCAAGUGUUCCAAAACUGGAUCUGGAUUCAACCUUUGAACAGAAGAAUGAUAUCGCCAAAGCUGUGGAAGAAGAACUUGAAAAGGCCAUGUCACAUUAUGGGUUUGAGAUAGUACAGACUUUGAUUGUAGAUAUUGAACCAGAUGAGCAUGUGAAGAGAGCGAUGAAUGAGAUUAAUGCAGCUGCUAGGAUGAGGUUGGCUGCUACUGAGAAAGCUGAAGCCGAGAAGAUACUACAGAUUAAGCGUGCUGAGGGAGAGGCAGAGUCCAAAUAUCUGUCAGGGCUUGGGAUAGCAAGGCAGCGCCAGGCUAUUGUGGACGGGCUGAGAGACAGUGUGCUGGCCUUCUCUGAGAAUGUACCCGGGACAUCAUCAAAGGAUGUCAUGGACAUGGUUCUGGUGACCCAGUACUUUGACACAAUGAAGGAGAUCGGUGCAUCUUCAAAGUCCAACUCGGUUUUCAUCCCUCACGGACCUGGUGCUGUGAAAGACAUUGCUUCACAGAUAAGAGAUGGUCUCCUCCAAGGAAAUUCAUCUCGUUCGUAAUGUCCUGAUACAGAAGUAUGAAGUUGGAGUUGCGACAUCUAUAAGCUUCAACGUAUUGUCAGCUCUAUUAUGCAAGGCUUAUUACUAAGACUCGGUUUAGGUGUGCUGUCUAUAUUCGACAUUUAUAGUCCUUAUAGUAUGUGGAUUUGAACGUUUUACUAUGCUUGUUCAUAGUUGUAUUCGACAUUUAUAGUCCUUAUAGUUGGUGGAUUUGAACGUUUUACUAUGCUUGGUUCAUAGUUGGUGCUAGAAGCGAUUGAGCUCUUAUAUUACCUAUUGUUUGGCUGUUUGCUUAUUAGUUUUC